CAGUUGGUCGCUGGCCAAGUACCGCGAGGAGCGUGCACAGCUCGAGCAGCUUCUGUUCGCCGACCGCCCGGUCGAGUGCCAGGUGGCUCGCGACGAGCAGGCUGCCAAGAUCGACGCCCUACGCCUGUCCCCCGGUGAGAUGGACGCGAAGCCGGGGGAGGCCCAGGCCGAGGUGCUGCGGUUCGAGGCGGAGACUCGGGCUGCCUCGUCACAGGCCCAGCCGCCUGCCCAGAGCGGGCCUCCCACUGUGACCCAGCUUCUGGCAGACUUGUCCGCGCCGGUGGAGCAGCUGGGCCAGGUGGCAGGAGGACUGGGCUUCCGCGGCGAGCUGCUGGCCGAGCUCAAGCCCACGGCGAGCGCGCUGCACAAGUUGCGCGAGCACGCCGGAUCCCAGCCUGCUCCUGGCGGCGAGCCCGAGCCCGCAGCGGGCGAGGACGCCAAGGAGAUGGAGGCCGAUGAGGAUCCAGUAGCUUCGAUGGCCCCAGGGGGCCUCAGGGCGUCGCUCAAGAAGCCUCGCGCCCA